AUGGUCAAGUCGCUCGUGGCCUUGGCAUUUGUCGCUCUCAAUUUGGCGAUCUGUGCCUUCCUCCAGGGCUGUGGUUCGGAGACCACAGCCGCCCCCGUGACGGUAGCAGCUGCUACUUGCGACAUGACCGCGGUGACAAGCUGUGCGCAGACGGCGAGUACAAGCUCAACAGACCCCUGUCAGAUCUCCUCGGCCUCAAUCGCAUGCUAUUCCAGCUGCUGCACAUAUGCUGAAGCGCAAACAGCCCUGGAUGCGGCUGUCUCUGCUGCAGCAGCAAUUCCGAAUUGCAAUCUUGUGAGCCCCUGUGCCUGA